GGACCAGGCGUGCAGCCGGCGCAGGGCGCGGCCCGGGGCCCGCGAGUGCAGGGCGGGCCGCAGCUGGAAAGAAAACUUGAGCUGGGAGAGGGGGCCGAGCUGGAGGGCGCCUUCCCCCCGCCCUGCGAGGGGGGAGCCGCGGCGGAGGCGAAGGAGACUCGGACCGCGGGGCUGCCCGGGCGCUGCCCGCAUGCUGGGCCGGGGGCGCCGCCGGGGCUCGCGCCCUGGGCUGCAAGGCCGCCGCUGCCCCGGGCGCCCGGUAUGUCGGUGCACUACACCCUCAAUCUGCGCGUCUUCUGGCCCCUGGUGACCGGCCUCUGCACUGCCCUUGUGUGCCUCUACCAUGUCCUCCGGGGAAGCGGGGGCGCUCGGGCCGAGCCCCCCGACGGUACGGACGGCGGCUUCCCGCUGCUCAAGGUAGCUGCCCUGCUCUUCCUCGGCUACAUCCUCCUGCGCUGUCGCCACGCAGUUCGGCAGCGCUUCCUCCCAGGGUCUCGUCGCCUGGGGAGCCACUCCACCUUCUCUCCUGGACACUUCCCAGAGCCGAGUCUUGGCAUCUUGCUGGAGAGUUACUACGAGCACGAGUUGCGCCUGUCCCCGCACGUGCUGGGCCACAGCAAGGCGCACGUGAGCCGAAUUGUGGGCGAGCUGGUGCGGGCUGGCCGCGCCCGGGGGUCCCCUGGCCCCAUCCCCGGGGGGGCGCUGGCCUUGGCCUUCCGUGGAGACUUCAUCCAGGUGGGCAGCGCCUACGAGCAGCAUAAAAUCCGGCGGCCCGACGGCUUCGACGUGCUGGUGCCGCUGCGUCUCCCGCCGCUGGUGGCGCUGGAGCCCAGGAGCCUGGGCACUGAGCCCGCGCUGGCCCCAGCCUUCCACGGCUGCUUCGUGUGCGCCCUCAAGGCUCCGCCGGGGGCCUCCGGGAGCCACUGGCUCCGGGACUGCAAACCCUUCGCCGACGGCUUCUGCGUGGACGUGCUUGGGCGGCGUCACCUCUCUGCCCCGCUGGUGCUGCGCUGGUUCCAGGCGCACCUACAGCGCUCCCUGGCCACCGUGCGUUACAGUCUGGAGGGGCGUUGUCGGGUCAGCCUGACCCCGGGCGGCCUGGAACAGCCUCCCACCCUGCACAUCCUGCCCUGCCGCACCGACUAUGGCUGCUGCCGCCUGUCCAUGGCAGUGCGUCUCAUCCCCGCUGUGCAUCUGGGUGAUGGCGUUUUCCUCGUGGCACCACCACCAUCACCCUCACCCGUCGGGCCCCUGUCCGAGCUCCCGGGAGGUCUGCGCACGGAUGCACUGUGGGGUGUGAACACAGCUCGGCAGGAGCAGAAGCUGCUGUGCUGGGUGCAGGAACGGGCCCCUCCAGGUGCCUGCUACCUCAAGUGCCUACAGUUACUUAAAGCUCUGCGAGACCUGGGCGCCCGCGGGCUGGACCUGGGGGCCACAGCCCAGUGGGGACGCAUCCUGUCCUCAUAUAUGCUCAAGACAGCGCUGCUGGCGGUGCUGCUGCGUGAGGGGGUUCCUGCUCAAGGCUGGGACGAGGCACACCUGUGCAAUCGGUUGGAAGAAUUAGUGCAGUUCCUUAGGGACUGCCUGCUGCGACGCCAGACGCUCUUCCACUGCGUCCUGGGCCCUGGUGGGGCAGCUGCUGAGGUGGGCCCCCUGCCCAAGGUACUGCGUGAGGCCGCCCCGGUUGACCUCCUGGCUGCAUUCGACAGGCAAGCCCGGGAGCUUGCCGCAUCGAGGUUGCUGUCCACCUGGCGAAGGCUGCCCCAGCUUCUCCGGGUCUACGGAGGUCCUCGCUACCUUGACAGAUGCCCCCCACCCCGGAGUCAGCGGGCACAGGGAUUCCCUGAAGAUCAACCAUAAACCUUGAUAGUGCCCCCACCUGGCCUAAUGCUCCUAAAGCUUCUUCCACCACAUGGGGUGGGGAUGGCAAUGAAGCCAGUUUCAUGCAAGGAAAUGAGGUGCCAAAAGUGUUGGAAAAUUGGGAGGCUGACAUUUGGUGGCUUAUAUGUCCCCCCUGGCCCCACAAUCCAGUAUAGCUAUGGCAUCUUGUUCACACCUACCGGUGUAUUCUGAGCGAGCUACAGAAAGGCCUCCAACACCAGCAGCUAAGAGUUGGUUCAAAUGUUGGUUUGUGUGGAAUGAUUCUGCAGAAGGAUCCAGCUUUUAGGGAAGCCCCAUGAAGGAAGCAAGAACUAGCUGCAGAGAAAUUGCCCUCGCUCCCAAAUUUAAAGAAGCUAAUGUGUUUUUUGUUUUUUGUUUUUUUUUGCUGUAACUACUUGCUCUGUCCUAGGUUCCUGAUUGUCUUUUAAAAGGUGUGAAUCUUUAUCUACAACUGGAAUUGAAGUUCUAUUCUAGGGGCUUAUGUUCUGAGGAACACUGUUUCCACUAUUCAAAUUAAUACUAAUGUGUUAUUUGAAGUGGUACCAUCAGGGGUGUUUGACAGGAUUGCAAAGAAUUAAGUCACAUGUGUUGAGAGGCAGUCAAGAGUUGGUUAGAGAAAAUUCCAGAGCAAAUAGCACUUUAUUUUGAUCAGUACUUUCAUUUUGUGGUAAUUGCCACUGCCAAGUGUUGCAUCGGAAAGGGAGGCCAGUUACAUUUAUUAUUAAGAAAUGUGCAGUCUUAAAAAGCAGGCUUGCCUAACAUCCCUACAGGCCCACCCUGGAAUAUGUACCAGUCCACACCCACUCAUGGAGAGCCCACCGUGAGCCAGGCACGGUGCAAAGUAGCAAAAGAUCCAUGUUUAGGACCACACUGGUACUCAGGGAAAACACAUGGGGUUUUGAGAAAGAUACAUUUCAGUCUUUGCCUAUCCAGGUGACUCACCAGAGCUUGCUGCUGGCUGGAGACAGAAACAUUUUGUUGUUGUUUGAAGCCUUUUGAACAAACUCCUCUGCAUGGGAGUUUCUGAGUUUCACGAGAUAAUGCGCAAAUGCCUGUCUUAGUGCCUUGCGUGUAGGUAGCUCUCUCGGUCAGUGCUCAGUUAUGGUUAGUGGUUACCACGUUUCCCUCCCAUCGCCCUGGCAGCCUUUAAGUGGUCCUAAGGCCAACUUGGAGGAGCGGUUGACUGGACCCAGGUCUUGUAAAGCAUUUCCUAUAGAAUUCCAUAUCUUGGGCUCUGUGCUCCCUGACCACCCACCAGCAGUCAGCAAAAGAGAGCGAGGGAGGAGGAGGCGAGGGGGCCACGGCUCCUGCCAGCAGUCUGGUUUU